CGCGGUGGGUGGCUGGAAUUUCCAUGGGGCUCCUGAACCUACCUGGGAUCCGCCUCUGGGCCGGGCCACCUCUUUCAGCUCCUGCACACCAGGAGCCAAUUGCAGGCAAUAAAGCCAGAGUGAUUUAAGCCUCACGCUGAUGUUCAUUCACUGCUAGUUUGUCAUCAACCCAUGUUGGUAACCGGCCCGCAUGUUUCAAGUUCUCUAUGUGAUUUGUUAACAAAACUUUCUUGUGAUGCAGUUUCUGGAUUCACCUUGGCUCAAAGCUUUGGCUCACGCUCCUCCCUCUGACUCAGGAUACCAAGCAAUCAUUCUGGAAAUCACUCUGUGCCUCACCUGCCUGCCCACCUGCCAUCACACUCCAUCUGAAACCCCGGGAUCUCAGGUUAGCCUUUCCACGGCACUCAGCUCCCCCGGAUUCCCGUCACCCCCCUCUCCACACUCUGUUCCUCCUCCUGCAAUACUCUUCUCCGUCUACGAGUCACAAAAAAACAGAAAGACUGUAAGGAUGGCAGAGGACGAGGUUAACUACUCAUCAGUUGUAUUUAAAUCUAACCAACAACAAAGAUCAGAAGGCAAUCUUUCAGUUAAAAAGGAGGAAACAGUGUAUGAUGAAAUGAAGGUGCAAAAUAAGGCAACAGAACAAACUCCUGACACAAAUGCCUCUGCAGAAUUCUUGUCUGACAAGAAAUCAAACCGCGGAUGUCGCCACUAUCAGCAGCUGGCUUGUUGUUUGGGCACGCUUUGUAUAAUUUUGGUGUUGGGCAUCAUAGCAGUCAUUGUCUAUCUUGUCACAAUUAUUCAUGAGAAUGAUGAAACUGAGCUGAACCAACUGAAAGAAAACCAAACAACUUUAAAUGCUGUCAAUCGUAACCUGACAAAACUCAACAACAAACUCAGCUCAGACAAUGAAGACUUGAAGCAGAACCAAACCGAGCUCACACUCCAGAUAAACAACCUGACUCAAGUUGUCACUGUCUUUGAAAAAGAGGUGACAAACCUGACUGAAGAAAACCGGAACCUUAAAAAGAAAAAUGAGGAGCUGGAGACUCAGAAUGAGGAGCUGGAGACAGAGAAGAAAAACCUAACAGAACAAAUACGAAACUUGACGACAUCAGGGAAUGAGCUCAAUGUUAGUCGAGCCCAGUGGAGCAUUAAUGCCUACUGUCCCAAGGACAAGAACAAUAACAACCGAAGGUGUAAUGUUUGUCAGGUUGGCUGGCUUCCCUUCCAGUCAGGCUGCUAUGCAAUUAAUGAUGCUGGUCGUCCUGAGCAGAAAACCUGGGAAGGUGCUCGAGGAGACUGUAUAGGAAAGAGUUCAGAUUUGGCUGUUGUGAAUAAUGAAACAGAAAAGAGUUAUAUCAGUGGCAACAACUGGUGGAAUUCAGGAAACAGUGCAUACUGGAUUGGUCUGAGAGUCGAAGGUGGGAACUGGAAGUGGGUGGAUGGAAGGAAUCUGACUUAUACCUCCUGGAUCACAACGUCUCCUACUGAUGGUCAGUGUGCAGUUUCUGUGAAAAAUGAAUUUAAAUCAGUGAGCUGUGAUGAGAAGAACGGAUGGAUCUGCAAGAAGAAAGCUUUAACUCUUUGAAAACUGCAGUAAAAUGUCACAAGACUGCUGGAUGUUCUGAAAAUAUAAUAUUAUUAUUGUUCUUAUCAGUAAAAAUAGAAUUAAUUAUAUAAAUAUAAUAAAAUAUGAACACUGCUUUAUUAUUUUUGUGUAUUUAAAAGAAACCUGUAAUUUAAAAUAUUGUACUUUUACUAGAAAAAAAAGAAAGUAAAAAAUGACAGUUUUUUCAAUCAAAUAAUUGCCAUAUUGUUACUGACUUUUUCUUUUUAACAAAAGUUUUAAACAAACAUUGUAGCUUAAACACUGUUCAAACUGCUGUAACAUGUUUAAUCAAGAUGAGGAAGAAGGAGAGCUGGCCUCUACAUUUGGACUGUCAACAUCAGCCACAGAGCAGCAGAGAAGAACAGGAAGUCCAGCUUAUUAAAUGCUUUGUCUUUUAUAUAUAUUCUUUGUCAAAUCGGUUUUUCAACAUCGUUCUUUCAGUUUUAAAUUUUCCAAAUUAGAUUCAAUUACUUUUCAGUGGCUCUAUAGUUUAGUUGCUAACACGUUCAAUUAGCAAUUGGAGGUUCACUGGUUUGAUUCCUGCAGGACAUGCAAAUUCCCCUUGGGCUCACAUCAGGAAGAGCUUCCGAUCUAAAAUACUAGCAAAUCAAACACACAACCCUUGUAAAAAGGGAGCAGCUGAAAGUAACAUACAGAUUCAGUUAUUUUCAGAGAAAAUUUACAGUUUUAGGUUUAUUUUAAAAGUUAUUAACUUGAAUUUAGUUUCUAUUAGGCUCAAUGCUAAUUUUAGUUAAACUAUAACAUGGUAAUAGUUUAGCACAGGGCAAUAUCUAAGAAGCUCAGAAUGGUUAUUGGAAAUGUUCGCUCUGCAUAAAAAUCCUCAUGUAUACAUCCAUAAUUUUUCAUAAAAGGUCUGAAAAUAAGUUGCUAAACAAAGUUUUUUUUUUAGUUUAGAUGCAUGGUAGUUUGCAUACUCAUUAAUCCCAAGAUUUUCAGUUAUCGUCUGUAACCUUGUUACGAUGUGCUUGAGUCGUAAAAUUUAUUUUGAAAAAUGAGUUGAAAUUUUACUGAAUCCAUUCACUACACAUCUGAUCUAUUAAAAGCCUGGAGGAUAUAAAUGAAUGAUUUAACAUGUGACCCAUCUACAAUUGAGCAGGUAACAACCCCAAACGAAAGAACCAAGGUCACCCACAGUUAUAACAGACACAAGUGUUGAUUCAAUAAAUGCCCUCACAUCUAACCAAACACUAGUACUCAUACCUCUCAUUAUUAUACACAUACCUGUAUGUGUAGACUAAGCACUGGUGGUCACCAAAGUACUGCAGUUUGAAAUAAUUCACAAGCAUGUACAGUCACAUAUUUUUAUACAGUUGUUUAUUUCCGUAAAAGUAAAUUAAAACUGCUAAUAUCACAUAUUUAGUUUAUGAUAUUACUCAUUAUUCUGACCUAAAUUUAAUGCUCUUUCAUUGAAGUUUGGGUGAUAUGGCCUGAUAACAUUAACAACUGAUAACCAACAGGCGGUGUUGUUUAUGUUUUUGAAUAAACAU